UCGCGCUUCCCCAAGAUGUUGGACGGCAUAAAGCUGGAGGACCAUCCUCUACGGUCGGGGCCGGCUACAAUGGGCGUCAUGUUGGGAACCGACUGUCAGCACCGUGCCGUGUGUGAGGGAUGCGCGCGGCCCAUCGCCGACCGUUUUCUCAUGCGAGUCAACGACUCGUCCUGGCACGAGGAGUGCUUGCAGUGUGCCGUGUGUCAACAGCCCCUCACCACGAGUUGCUACUUCCGGGAGAGGAAACUGUACUGUAAACACGACUAUCAACAGCUGUUCUCCACUAAGUGCAGCGGCUGCCUGGAGAAGAUCGCCCCCACGGAGUUUGUGAUGCGUGCGCUGGAGUGUGUGUACCACCUCAACUGCUUCUGCUGCUGUGUGUGUGACCGGCAGCUGCGGAAAGGCGACGAGUUUGUGCUGAAAGACGGACAGCUGCUCUGCAAGAGCGACUACGAGAAGGAGAAGGACCUGCUGGGCUCCGUCAGCCCCGACGAAUCAGACUCCGAGAAGACGGAUGAUGAGGAUCUGGACAUUAAGCCGGAGAAGGGUGCGGUGGGGCCGGGGAAGGGGGAUGAUGGGAAGGAUCCUCGCCGGCCGAAGAGGCCACGCACCAUCCUCACCACCCAGCAGCGGCGCGCUUUCAAAGCCUCCUUCGAGGUGUCCUCCAAGCCCUGCAGAAAAGUCAGAGAGACCCUGGCUGCAGAGACCGGACUCAGUGUUCGUGUGGUUCAGGUCUGGUUCCAGAAUCAGAGAGCUAAGAUGAAGAAACUGGCAAGAAGGCAACAGCAGCAGCAAGAGCAGCAGAACUCCCAGAGACUUGGACAAGAGGUGAUGUCAAACCGCAUGGAGGGCAUGAUGGGCUCCUACACCCCCCUGGCCCCCUCCCAGCAGCAGCUGGUUUCCAUGGAGACCAACGGCUACAGCGCCGACGCCUUCCAACAAGGCCUCACCCCACCGCAGAUGCCCGGGGACCACAUGAACCCAUAUGGGAGCGACUCCAUCUUCCACGAUAUUGACAGCGACACAUCCCUCACCAGCCUCAGUGACUGCUUCCUGACUUCCUCCGAGGUCAGCUCCCUGCAAGCGCGCGUGGGAAACCCCAUCGACCGACUCUACUCCAUGCAGAGCUCGUACUUCGCCUCAUGA